ACAUGUGGGAGCACAACAAAUUAUGAGAAAUUUGAGCCACUGGUGGCACCCCUACCUGGCUGACAUGGUAAAGAGAUGGGUAAGAGGUUGUGAAAUUUGUGGUAAAUACAACCCAAAGCCAACUGUGAAACCACACAUGGGAGCGUUCCCAUUGCAGGUAAGACCAGGGGAAGAGAUUGUGAUUGAUUACACUGACAUGAUUGACAGAGUUCGAGGGUAUCGCUACCUCCUGGUGAUGGUCGAAUCAAUCACAGGAUGGCCCGAAGCGUACCCCGCAAAAAAUGAAGACAGUAAAACAGUGAUCAAAUGUCUGAUAAAUCAUUACAUACCACAACAUGGGUUUCCGAGAAGAGUGAGAUCUGACAACGGAAGGCAUUUUAAAAACAGAGACCUACAGGCAGUGGAAGCGGCCUUAGGUUUAAAGCACAAAUUUGGUACGGUGUAUCAUCCAGAAUCUCAGGGCAAAGUUGAGCGCAUGAACCAGAAUUUAAAAACUAAAUUGGCUAAAAUCUGUGCACAGACCAAAAUUGAUUGGGUCACAGCCCUCCCAGUGGCAUUGUUGCAGGUGAGGAGUUCACUAAAUAAGAUGACAGGGUUUACACCAUUUGAACUGUUGACAGGUAGACAGUUCCCAGGCCCCACAGCAGCUAUCCCUGGGGAAGGGCAACAUAUAACCAAUUUUCAGUAUAAAUCAUAUUUUGAUGGACUCAAAGCUUUGUUGUCAGUUUUUGUCUCACAGGUGCACGAUGGAGUGACGGGAGGCCAAAAGGGGGACCCACACACAGCAGAGUGGGUUCUUCUGAAGGUCAUUAAGAGGAGAUGGUCAGAGCCCGGGUGGACAGGACCCCACCAGGUGGUCGAGAGAACGUCGCAUGCGUACGCCUAUAAAGGAAAGGAGACACCUGGUACCACUGGAGCCAGUGGGCUCCAGCAGAAAAAACAGAAAAAAGGUUCAGUAAAUUCAGAGCGCAGUGAAAGGGUCAUCUGCUGGCGACCCCAACAAGGCUCUUUCAAUCACGGGGCAGAAUAAUCCCCAGGGAGAGCCUCUGGCUGAGGUAGUCCACCCUCUAUGCUUUAAAUCAAUUCUAACACUGUUAUGCAUUUAUCCUUAACAGAUUCAAAGAUGGAUUGGCAAGUCUUGGUUUCCUCCCUGCACUGCAGCAGCAUUCCAGUGUUCUGUCCCCAGUCUUAUGCUUCUCCAAGUCUGACUGCUUCAGACUUGGAGACCAUGUUCAGACCAGAUCUCAGCGCAACAGGAAGCAACAGGCGUCAGAAGGAGGGAAAAACACUGGGCUUUUGGGCAGAUUAUCUCCUUGAUUCAGAAGAAAAAAUGACAGCUGUAUCUCUGGAAGAUCUGUUGAUGUUUGCUACAGGUCUGGCAGCACUUCCACCAGCAGGCAUAAUGCCACCUCCACGCCUCGAGUUUUUAAGUGAUUCACCUUUUCCAGUUGCAAACACCUGUGCAAAUACACUGAAGCUACUGCUUUUGGAAUCAUACAUUGUUUUUAAGGCAAACAUGGACUUUGGGAUCCAAAAUGCUCCAGGAUUCGGCUGUCAUUAAAUCUAAGGUCAAAUGCCAGUUACUGAUUCCUGUUCAGUCUAGUUCAGAUGCUGUUGGCAUACUACCACUGUAAGCAAGUUUUGUAACACAUUGAAGCGAAAAGCUACUUUAGUGUUUUGCUAAACAUUUUUGGUGUUUUUUGGUUCGCAGAGCUAAAUAAUUUACAGUAUAGGCAAGUUGAAACAUGCUGAACACGUUGUUACAGAGUUUUAUUCAGAAUGUGUCAAGUCUGUCUUCAGGGUUAAGACUGAAUACACAGUUCAUUUUAAAUGUUUUAAUCCACCUGUCGUUUUGUAUGUUUUGAAUAAUGUAUUACUUUUCAUUUUAGCAGAAGGAACAGGAAACAAAAGAUCAAAAAUUUGGGUUCAGGUAGUUUGUCUAAAACCUGGCUAUAUCUUUCAGCAAUAAAUACAGUUCUGUGGCUGAUUCCCAUUCUUGUGGCUGCUGUAGUCCAUUUUGUUGUACAGCCUGUUGUAGGUAUUCCUCAAUGUUUUGAUCACCACACAAUUCAGUCGCUUGCCUUGCUUCAGGGAACACAUCCAGUUCCCUCUCCUCAACAGCAAAUCCACAGUCUCUUGAACCAUAUCUGCAAAAUCAGAAUAGAAUUAAUAAUAGAAUUGUGAAGCAUAUUUUCUACAUGUACUACAAAUAGUUUAAUAUGUCAGAUUUGUUUGCUGGCUACAUGGAUCUGUAUAAGUGAGCACCAGAAAGUGAUAGCUCAUAAAUGAACUGUAUUUACUCGUACAAUGAUUAAAAUAUAUUUCCCAA